GCCAGGCGCGACCACACGCUUGCCGCGGGCCAGCACUGGCCGGCGGAGAAACGAUCCGACGGAGAGAGACCGGCACUGCUCGCCAUGGAGACGGUGCGCGCUUCGUGUGACCUGGUGCGGACGCAGGUCAACGAGCUGCUGGCCGACCGCGAGCCGUGGAAGGUGGUGGCCGGCACAGCCGGGGCCACGCUCACACUCGCCUGGCUCUGGGGCCAGCUGCACCACGAGGACGGCGUGUCGGAGCGGCUGAUGAAGCGCGUGUUCCGGCUAGUACGUCUGCUGCCCCCCGUGCGGAGGCGGAUCGAGCAGGAGACGCUGCGCAUGCAGUCCGAGAUCAGCGCCGACAUGACCCGCAUGAACGAGGGCAUCCCAUACAUCCGCCAGCUGCCGGCCACCGGCAGCGACGCCGAACACAUUCUGCGCCAGGCCAAGAAGUACUGCGAGCUCGGCAAGUACUCGUACGGCGAGGGCCGACUGUCGGGCACCGUCUACAACGGCGAGGAGCAGCUGACCAAGCUGAUGACCCAGGUGUACGGCCUGGCCGCCUGGUCCAACCCACUGCACCCGGACGUGUUCCCCGGGGUCCGGAAGAUGGAGGCGGAGGUGGUGCGGAUGUGUUGCGGCCUGUUCCACGGCGGACCCGACUCCUGCGGCUCGGUGACCUCGGGCGGCACGGAGAGCAUCAUCAUGGCGAUGAAGACGUGCCGUGACCUGGCGCGGGAGGAGCGCGGCAUCAGCCGGCCCGAGGUGCUCGUGCCGUUCACGGCGCAUGCCGCCUUCGACAAGGGCGCGCAGCUGCUGCGCAUGAAGCUGAUCCACGUGCCGGUGGACCCGGAGACGAGCCGCGUGGACGUGCGGGCCAUGCGGCGCCGCAUCGGCCGCAACACAGUCAUGUUGGUGUGCUCGGCGCCGGCCUUCCCGCACGGAACUAUCGACCCUAUUGAAGACGUGGCAGCGCUGGGAGUCAGGUACAACAUCCCGGUGCACGUGGACUCGUGCCUGGGCGGCUUCCUGGUGCCGUUCAUGGCCGAGGCCGGCUACCCGGUGGUGCCGUUCGACUUCCGCGUGCCGGGCGUCACCAGCAUCUCGGCCGACACGCAUAAGUACGGGUUCGCGCCGAAGGGCUCGUCGGUGGUUCUGUACGCCAGUCAGCGGCUGCGUCACUUCCAGUACUUCGUGCAGCCCGACUGGCCGGGCGGCAUCUACGCCAGCCCCUCCAUGGCCGGCAGCCGGGCCGGAGCGGUGAUCGCCGCCUGCUGGGCUGCACUCAUGUUCUACGGCCGCGAGGGCUACGUCGAGUCCACCAGGAAGAUCAUCGAGACCACCCGCUACAUCGAGCGAGAAUGUCGCCAGAUCCCGGGCCUGCGGAUCCAGGGCUCUUCGGACGUGAGUGUGGUGGCUUUCGCUUCGGACCAAUUCAACAUCUACCGGCUCUCUGACGCCAUGGGCAAGCGCGGCUGGAACUUCAACGCCCUACAGAACCCGCCCUGCUUCCACAUCGCGGUCACCUACUGCCAGACGCAGCCGGGCGUCAAGGAGCGCAUCGUGGCCGACCUGCGCGAGCUGACGGCCGAGAUCCUGCGCUCGCCCUCCGAGGACACCGGCUCCGGACACGUGGCACUGUACGGCAUGGCGGCCAGUGUACCGGACCGCUCGCUGGUGGCCGAGCUGGCCUGGUGCUUCCUGGACGGCGUCUACACCACUGACGACACGCCGGCGCAGGCGGAAGUGGCGCGCGACCACGAGAAGGCGGCCACGCGCCGCCCGCCGCAGACCGCCGCCAAGCAGGCCAAUGGAGUCGCACAGCAGAACGGUGUGGCGCAGCAGAACGGAGUCGCGCAGCAGAACGGGACUCACGACGCGGAGCUGCAGAACGGCGGGCCGCAGUCGAACGGCAAGUGAGGUGCCGCACAAGGUCGCCGGCGGGGGAUGGCUGGAGCGGUCCACUAUUGCCGGCGGGGGUGGCUGGGGCGUUCCACUGUCGCCGGCGGGGGUGGCUGGAGCGGUCCACUGUCGCCGGCGGGGAGAACGGAGCGGUCCAUUGCCGUCGGCAGGGGUGGAUUGAAGAUGGGCUUCUGAAGCCGAAGGACCAUCGCUGGUCCUGUAGGAGUGUAGACCAGGCUGAGACCGACAGGAGACCUGCUCGAGAGACCUCGUCUCGUGGCAUGGGUGACCCGGCCCCCAGCGGGUGCGGCGGGAGUGACGCGGCCCGGAGACGGCUGGCUGAAGGGCGGCCUCGCCGUCCUCUGUCACACCCCGUCGACCCGGCGCAGGGCACGUUUUACUAGAGGAGCGGACAGACAACGUGCCAAUUUAGCAGGUUGCAUGCUACGGAAUGCAAUAAGAGCUGGACUAGUCCAAGUAGUUUUUAAUUGGCACCCUGACAGCGCCUACGUCGUCGUUGGCUGACCGCUUACCUCGAGCAGGCGGCGCCCGCAGGCGAUGGCGCAGGGCAGAUGACUGCUGGCUUGCCAAUGAUGCCCGCGCGGCUCCCCCACUCUCGCCGAGUCGAGCAGCUCGGCCCGGCAGUCCUGCUCUGUGCAGGAUGCAGGCGCUCGCAAUGUGUCUCGCACGCGAGGGGGACACCUAGUUGCUGUUAGUGGAAGCCAUCUGAUAGGUGAUCGUUCCUGUAGUCAUUUGUGAGUAGACUUGAUCCCAGCACCUUUCGUAGGCUUGGGGUACCAUGGGGUGCUGCUCGCCGUUCGUGUGGAAGCUCCCGUGGAGUGGGGGGCAGUCGAUUAGGCGUUCGGCGCGGUACCGAGUGCUCCGACCCGCGGCGGCUCGCGACGUAGCUGGUCCUGAAUGGCCGGAUGACGCCGCAGCGAUGGUAGCUGAUGUGUCGGACUCAGCCGUGUCCGUACCGGCCGGAAGCGGACGACGUUGGUUCUUGCUGUGUGUGGUUUGAUGCACAUUCCCGGAGAUCCCCCACCCCCGUUUCACUGCCCUCGUUAUUUGUCACCUUCCGGUGCGCAGUUUUGUUUUCGUGUCCUGUGUAAAGCCUACUCGCUGAAGAAUUGUGGAGAAUAAAUAUAUGUAUAUUUGCGUGCUCUCUCGCUCUUGCGGAUUGGCAGAUUACCAGUACUUGGUGUUCUCCUCCCCGGGGGCGCUCAAGUGUUUUCGCUGUCUGAUGAACUGUUUUUGGUGGGUACUUUGACGUGGGUCCAAAUAAAACACACGUACAGCUGGGUAUUUA